GCCUGCGCCUGGCGGCGGCCCCGACACCAGCACAGAAGCCGCGCAGCCGGCGGAAUGGAGCGGCGCCGGGGCUGAGCCGGGCGCACUCGGGCCGCCGCAUGUGCCGCGCGGGGAGCAGCUGCCGAGCGGGCGGACAGCGAACGCCAGGGGCCCCGUCGGAGCGGCCGCAGGAGCAGCGCCGGAGAUGGGAGAACAGCCCAUCUUCACCACUCGAGCGCACGUCUUCCAGAUUGACCCCAGCACCAAGAAGAACUGGGUGCCCGCGAGCAAGCAGGCCGUCACUGUUUCCUAUUUCUACGAUGUCACCAGGAACAGCUAUCGAAUCAUCAGUGUUGACGGAGCCAAGGUGAUCAUAAACAGCACCAUCACCCCGAACAUGACGUUCACCAAAACCUCCCAGAAGUUCGGGCAGUGGGCGGACAGCAGAGCCAACACAGUGUUUGGUUUGGGAUUCUCCUCAGAGCAGCAGCUCACGAAGUUUGCAGAGAAAUUCCAGGAGGUAAAAGAAGCUGCCAGACUCGCCAGAGACAAGUCCCAGGAGAAAAUUGAGACCUCGAGUAAUCAUUCCCAAGAAUCUGGGCGUGAAACCCCAUCUUCCACUCAGGCAUCCAGCGUCAACGGGACGGAUGAUGAGAAGGCCUCGCAUGCGAGUCCGGCUGACACCCACCUCAAGUCUGAGAAUGACAAACUGAAGAUCGCUUUGACACAGAGUGCUGCCAAUGUGAAGAAGUGGGAGAUUGAGCUGCAGACCCUGCGGGAGAGCAAUGCCCGGCUGACCACAGCCCUGCAGGAGUCGGCGGCCAGCGUAGAGCAAUGGAAGAGACAGUUCUCCAUCUGCCGAGAUGAGAAUGCCCGGCUCCGAAGCAAGAUCGAGCAGCUGGAAGAGCAGUGCAGUGAGAUAAACAGGGAGAAGGAGAAGAACACCCAGCUGAAGAGCAGGAUUGAGGAGCUGGAGUCAGAGCUCCGAGAAAAGGAGACGGAGUUGAAAGAUCUCCGAAAACAAAGUGAAAUCAUACCUCAGCUCAUGUCCGAGUGUGAAUAUGUCUCUGAGAAAUUAGAGGCAGCAGAACGAGACAAUCAAAACUUGGAAGACAAAGUGCGCUCUCUAAAGACAGACAUCGAGGAGAGUAAAUACCGACAGCGCCACCUGAAGGGGGAGUUGAAGAGCUUCCUCGAGGUUCUGGAUGGAAAGAUCGACGACCUCCAUGACUUCCGCCGAGGACUCUCCAAGUUAGGCACAGACAACUAGGCCAGGCGGAGCCUAGGUCCUGAGUCUCAAGUGUGUGUGUGAGAUGAAGUAGGCAUAGGACAUUCUCCAUUUCUGUUGCUUCUGUAAAUGCAGGUGCAGUCUGUCUGUCUCCAGACCAGUUGUGCCGUCCACCCACUCCUCCAGAACAGUAAAUCUCUCAUUUCUCUGGCCUUGGGAGGUUGUGGACAACUGGAAGCUUCUGACUCAGGAAUCCAGAACUUGGUCUACCUUAGCCAUUUACGCAGUCAGGGCAGGGAUGUUUAUAUCUUUUUUUUUUUUUUAAGGGCUGUUGCAACCCUGUGAAACCCUGGGAGGGAAAGUAUUUUCUAAUCCAAGUAUCAAUAUCCUUUACAACAGGCCACUGGGCGCCUUCUAUUGCAUAGCAUUCAGAGUGUGUGACUCUCCGCAGAUUUCAGUCCAUGGGCACAUGGAGGGAGUGUCUUUUCUCAGUAUGCAUUUGGAUGCUUUAGCAGAUGUAUCUAACCUUUUGAUGUUGUGAUACAACAUCAUCAUCCCCAGAGUUCACACUCAAGGAUUGCAAAAUUGGCUUACCCAAAAAGAAGUAAUUGUCAAAAACAAACAAACAAACAAAAACCUUACAAUGUUUUAAGUAAAUUUACUAUUUUGUGUUGGAACACAUUCAUAGCUAUCCUUGGCUGCAUGUGACCCUCGGGCUGUAGGCCAAGCCUACCUAGUUGAAAGGAACCAUUUAGUGGAGACUUAUCCAGAGGGAAGAAAACCCAGAAGUUUUGGGGUACACCUACAGAUAGGGGACCACUCGUACCCACUGUGCCCCAUCCUCCCCUGAUUUGUAUGGUUGCGACAAUGUCCCUUUCUUGUUUUUUUGUUGGUUGGUUGGUUUUUGUUUUGUUUUUAUUUCAGAGCAUAUGCUUACGCUGUGGGAACAGAUGCAGGAGGGUGCCCCACACAGUGCCGGGCACACAAUAGGUGCUUAAUAAACAUUUGUUCAACUAAACAUAGAAACAGAAUUUAGUGUUUUCAUCAAAGCCCACAGCAGAGUUGAGACCCUGGUUGAAUCCUACAUCAUCUAUGUUGUGCUGAAGUGAUCAGAAACGAAGGCAGUUUACUGCAGCUACCCCAGACUUGGCUCUGAGGCAGGGACUGUGGCAAUGGAGCCAUCACGGACUACUCUGAGACCCUCCUGCAGGGAGCCCAGCCAUGAUCCCCCUAGAGGUCAUCGCCUUUGGGACCACCUUCUCUUCCAGGCAGAGGGCCCAUAGUGUGAGGCUUCUAGGAUAGUGGGAGAGCCUGGUAUAGGAGCUAUCCUGGGCUUAGAAGCUUGGCUGGGUUCCUAUCAUGGGUUUGAACAAUUGAGAAGAUAUCCCUACAGGCCAUGAGGGUAAGAGAGCUGCCCAGGAGGCAGCCCUUGACCUUAGUGACAGAGCAUCUCUGUUCUACCCAGGUCUGCCUUUCCUUUCUUAGUUCCUGCUAAGGAAGGACCUGGAGCCAUGUAGCUCUCCUCUCAUAGAGACUUCUUAGUGUACCAUUGGGCAUUCAGGUCUGAGGUAUCCUUCCUUAGGAGAGAUUGUCCAUGGGAGACAAGGGGUUUUAUGUCCGGACCCCCAACACUUCUGAAUGCCUUGGGCAAGGGGAACUUUGGUAUUCCCUGCCUCUCUAAGAACCCUCUAGACAGGACUUCACACAGAGUAGAAAUUCUUCCUCUUGACUUUGCAUGAAUGAGAAAACAGCCUGAGGAAGGGCCUGGGGCCGGCAUGUUCGUGAGCCAGGCCCUGUGGUGAUUUCCAAGUCCACAUCUUUCCUUGCAGUAGCUGAGCAGUCACUCUGAGCAAGGGACUCAAUUGGGAUAGGAAAGGAAGGCAGGCUGGCGGUAUGGAAUGCUGAGGUGUGUUAAGGGGAACCCGUCAAGUGGAGGUGUCUUGUGCAACCAGAGUGGUCACCUGUGGGGCAAUUCAGCCCGGGCUGCUGCUGGCCCUGCCUUUCCCCACAACUCCCAGUAGGCCUCAAACCAGUUGUAGCUCCACUUUGGAGAGCAAAGAUUGCAUUGGCUAUGACCCAGCUUGGGGUGAGGGGGACUCUUCCUAGGCCGUCUUGUCCUCCCUGUCUGUCAGCAGCCUGGACACAUGGCUGCCCAAGAGCGCUGGACACUAGGAUCCUGAUCUUAGGCUUCGGGUGAGCCUCUGUCUACGAUGACAUACUCAUCUAGAAGGAGCUCUCUUGGCGGCUGGGGUGGGAGCUGGUGACAUGGUGACAUAUGACGAUAGUUGCCAAAGCCCCUUCUUCAUCCUCAUGGCAGUGACGUCCAAAAGUGACGAAAAUGGGAAUGUAGAAAGUUCUGGAAGUCAUUGCUACAGUGGGCUGGCUGUAAGGUUGAGACCAUGAUCUCUACUGUUAGCCGUUGAGGAGUUUGGCAAGCUUCUUGUAGCCAGUAGGUGGGGAAAACAGAGUCUUUGUGCUGUUAGACUCAGGCAUCCCCCAGACUGCCACAACCCAGGAGCCUAAGAGCAGCCUAGGGGCUCCCCUACAGGGUGAUUUAGGCUCCACAGCGAACCCACAAAACUAAGAAAGCACUGACCUUCCCUUCCAUCUGCUUUCUCUAAAGAGCUCAUGUUUCUUCAUUUGAUUUCUUUUUAAGAACAUCAUGACCCAGGAAUAGCCUGAAUGGUCAACGGGAGACUGGCCCUGUCUACAGCCUCUGGCUCUGUACAGAGCAGAUGACCCACUGAAAUUGGUCAGUAUCCACCCACACUGGUGUGGCAUGCCCUCAGUUAUUGUCUGGGACUGUUGUCAUGACCUCACACCCUGUGCAGGUGGGUGUGAGCGCCUUCCUCCCAGCGAUUACCGCUGCAGUGAGCCGCCUGCAGAACCAGGUUUCACGUGAGCUCUCCUGGCCUGGGCAGCUCCACGACUGGCAGUCUGUGCCUUGAUUAGCUUACUUUCUGCAGCUGUUCGCAAGGGUCCUAAAAGAGGCCAGGGAAAACUCAUAACCCUUUAACCAUGAUCCUUCUGUAUUUCUAACUUAGGGCUGGGCAGGGAGAGGACCUGUUUCUGGUGCCUAAGGACUGUGAAACCACUAGAGGGACAGGGUGGGAGAGCAAAACAGAGCCCAGGCUAGACCUCCGAUCAUCUUCAGUUAUGUCUCCCCAGGAGCUGUCACUGUAGACCUUCACUGGGUGAGAGAACUUGGCAGAGAUCAUCAACAGGAAGUGGAGGCAGAGUGGCAUGCCCAGGGGAACCCAGCUGUGACCAGCAGCAUGGGCUCUCGGGUCUCCUGACUUUGAUCCACUGUUCUCCUAUGCACCAUAUUAUUCACCUUUAUGUUCCUUAGAUGCCAAGAAGAAAUAAAUACCCAUCUGCCCUAUUAAAAACACACCAUAGCCACGUUAUUUCAGUGUGUGUCCACCACAAAGGACAGCUGACAGAGGAGUGAGGCAGAAUUGUGCUCCUGUUCACCAUACAUAGUGAGGGUCGUUUUUGAAUGAUUCUGGUUUGUAGGGAACUCUUCAGUAACCUCUCUGCUCUGAGAGGCCAGUCCGGUAGAACACAGACCGGCUUUAAGUUCUUUACUGAGGUUUUAAUGGAAGCACACGCAUCCUUUUCAAGAGGCAGAAGGCCUCUGACCUCAGAGAUAUAAACAGUGUUCUGGCCUAGAGAUGGCCAGUCCAGAUGAGCCACAGCUGGGGAGGUGCUGACUUGCCCAGGGCUUAGAGCAGUUUGCAUGCUCGAAAGGCUGUCCCCAGGGGUAGCUGCUCUCCAGCCUGCAGGCUCCACAGCCACAGCCUUCAGCGGUGUGAUGGGCAAGUGCAUGCUCUGCAUUUGAUGUAAGACAUCAAGGAAAGGGGGGCAUAUGAUGCCGUUCACGUGCGGCCGGCCGUAAAGCAUCAUGAUCUGCCCGUUUUGCAGGGCCUCUUUUUCUACAGACAAGUCUCCUCUCCUGCAGACACCAGGGGCAACUUUGAAUGAGACCCAACCUGAACCUCACAUGUAGCCAGGUGCAUGCUUGGAAAUAAGGCAGCCUGAUAUGGGCUCAAGGGAGGCUGCCCUUGAGGGAGCGCCAGCCACGGCUCUUUGCUAACAGCUGGAAGUGAGUCACUAGAAGUGGCAAUCCUUUGAUUCAGGGGACCAUCACUGGAUUCUCUGAAGCCCUUGCGACAUGAACCAGAAGCUUUUAAAUCAACAUCCGUACAGAUUAUGAUUUAAAUAGACCAUGGCUUCUGAGUACAUGGCUUCCCCAAAGAAAUAGACUAUACUCUGGGGACAGUGGGUGUGACGGCAUGGAGACGGAGUCCUAAAUAGAAGUGUGAAUGACUUACAUGUCUUUUCCUUACACCUUUCUAAAGAUGAUAAAUCCCUCUUUAAAAGCAAUCCUGGCAGGAAGGUGACUUUGGUAGGAAUUCUGAGCUGUACGAAAUGUCCGUGUGUGUGUGUGUGUGUGUGUGUGUGUGUGUGUGUGUGUGUGUGUGUGUGUGUGUGUAAGGAAGCAUGGGGGAAAGCCAGGGAAACCAUUAGGAGAGUUCAACCACAACUCCAUAACCAGGAGGAGUCUUCGAGUAUUUCUGGUGGUGAUGCUGAAUGUUCUGGAAUCCGCUUACAAGACUGUGGGUCUUCUGUUUUUGUGUGAAAUUGUACGGUGCCCUAUUCUGACCGUAUGGCCCUUGCUGCAGAGUGACCUCCGGGCCACAGGGACCCCUACACAGUGGAGACCAUGCUUGUGCACUUUGUCAGAUUGGCAGGAGACUGAUGUUUCACAGCUGUUGGGGUACAUUGCUGUCUCUACCCCCCCCACCACUCCCCUGCCCCGUAUCAUUUUGGAUAGGAAGACCUGGCUUUCAUUCCAUUGUGUGGUGUCUCAUGAUAGGACAGCAGGAAGACGUCUCUUACAUCUUUGUAAGACCUUAAUGCCGUGUAUGGAUCGGCUACGCAAAUUAUUUCUUGAGUACCAUUUUUUUUUCUAUCUAAAUGCUUUUUUGGAAUAUAAGUAAUAGAUACUUUUUAAAAAAAGAAAAAGAAACUAAAGAUAAAAGGAACAAAAAAAAAUCACCUGUUGCUCCACCGUCUGAUGGUAACCACUGUUAACCCGCGUGGCUCUUCAGCUUCUCCUCAUAGCUGCUCUGUUCCUUUCCCAUGCCGUACCAUCUCAUGCAUACUUUCCUCAUCACUCACCUUUCCUCGUCGGUACUCUAGCGUGAAUGUACUUCUCCAUCGGGAAAUAUGUAGCUACUACUUUUUUAACAGCUGCCUAGGUCAGACCUUGGAUAUUUAAGCUGCUUCCAAUUUUCUAUUCUUGUAGUCAGGACAUGAUACAAUUGUUCUGACAUCUUUGUAAACUGUUCAGAAUCUUGACUUAGAAUAAAUUACUAAAAUUAGUCUUCCCUGAUCUCCAGACCCUGGCUCCUUUCCUUCCUAGACAUGAGAGACUCCACUCACCACCUCCGCUGUGGUCAGUGAUUUGGGGCCCUGUGAGUGAUUGCAGUCAAUGAGACAUGAGCAGAAGUAACAUGGGAAACUAACCAGGACUGGAGAGUGUCCCGUGCAUGAUUCCAGUGUCUCUGAUCCUUUGCCUUAGCAAGUGGUGACACCCCAGGGUAGAACGUCUCCCAGCCAGGGUCCUUGAGUGACUGUGUGGGACAGCUCCUUCCUGUCCACCCCACCCCGCCCCCAACCCAUAACGGAUUGGGCACCAGUAGAGAUAAACCUUACUGGUUUUACCACUGAGGUUUCAGGGUUGGUGUUUUUACUGCAGCAUAACAUGGCCCUUUUUUUAACUAAUAAGAAAAAAGGCAUGCAUGUUUUUAGGGUUUUACACAUAUUUCAAAUUGCCUUUCAGAAACAUGCCCCCCACCUAUACCCCCAUUAGCAGUGUGUGUGAGUGCCCGGCUCCCUCUGUAACACUGUCAUCAGCAUGAACGCGGGAGCUAACGGGGUGACACUUUUUAGUAGAAUCUGAUCCUCGUUAGCACACUAUUUAUCAGACUGUAUGUUUCAUAUCUUCUGUUCAUCUCUGGCCAAAUGAGGUCUUUAGUAGUCUCAUUGAUACUUUUUUUUUAAUGUAUAGGUGUUUUGCCUGCAUGUAUGUCUGUGCAUCACUUGUGUGCCUGAUGCCCAAGGAGGCCAGAAGAGGGCAUCAGAUCCCCUGGAACUGGAGUUACAGAAGGUUGUGAGCCACCAUGUGGGUGCUGGGAGUCAAACCCAGGUCCUCUGAAAGAGCAGCUAGUGCGCUUAACCACUGAGCCAUCUCUUCAUUUUAUUUUAUUAUUUUUUUUUUGAAACAAGGUCUCAACUAUGUAACUGUGGCUAGCCUGCCACUCACCAUAUAGACCACACUAGCCUUAAAUUCGUGUGUCCUUCUGUCGCAGCCUUCCAAGUGCUGGGAUUACAGGCUUGCCCCACCACAUACAGUCUCAUUGAUUUCAAAGUUUUUUCAUAAAUAUUAUAAAAAUUACAAUUGUAUUAUGGCUCUUAUAAAAAAUGCUUAAACAUUACAAUGAAACCUUUUUUUUUUUUGGUUUUUCAAGACAGGGUUUCUCUGUGUAGCUUUCCUGGAACUCACUUGGUAGCCCAGGCUGGCCUCGAACUCACAGAGAUCCGCCUGGCUCUGCCUCCCGAGUGCUGGGAUUAAAGGCGUGCGCCACCACCGCCCAGCACAAUGAAACCUUUUAAAUCAAAUCUGUCUUUGCCUUUAUAGUUAGUCCUUUGCUGUCACGACGGUGAAACUCUUCCAACUCUGAUUCCAGUAUGUUUUACUCAUUAAUAUUAUCCUUGCAUAGUCAAUGUUUCUUUUUCAACUGUUGAAUCUCUGAUCUAGGCCAGGCAUGAUAGCAUAUUCCUGUAAUCCCAGUACUUGGGAGGUGGAGGCAGGAGGACAGCUGCACAGCAAGGUUAAGAACCAGCUGGCUACAGAGACCCUGUCUCAAAAUAACAGCCAGGUGUGUGGUGCACGCCUUUAAUCCCAGCACAAUUAGGAGGCAGAGGCAGGUGGGACUCUGUGAGCUCGAAGCUAGCCUGGUCUACAUAGGAAGUCUGAGGCCAGCCAGAGUUGCGCAGUGAGACUGUCUCUAAAACAAAAUAAAACAACAAAAUAAAAACUACCUUUCUAUUCUACUCACAAUAGUUCUAAAUUGCAUCAACACUAUUUGGCGGGGGGGGGGGGGGGGGGGGGGGGGGGAUGAUCCUUUCUCUACUGAUAUUAAAUUGCAUUUUUGUUAUGCACCCCACCCUUCCAGUGGGUGUGAACAUGCCUAAGUUGCCCGUCUGCAUAUUCUAGUGCUGGUACUACAGUGUUUGGUAAUCCUAACUUUAGGUUUAAAAUCCCCAGUAAUGACAUUUUCUGAAUUUCCUAGUCUAUUUUAUAUACUAAUAUUUCCAAAAGAAAUUCAGGGACCAUUUUAUAAAUUUUGGAAUCAGUGAAAAUUGGAUUAUAUAAUAUUUCUGUAUUGCAAAAGAAGUAACAUCUUGAUAACUUCUCAUUUCAUUAGAUUUAUAAUGCUCAGUUUUAUGUCCUUGGUGUAUUUUUUCCAAUAAAGGUAAUUUUUUCAUUGUGGUUACUGUUGUAAAUCUUUUCCAGCAGUUUACAUUACUUAGGUGUAGCACCGCUUUGUUAAUGGAGAGUCUUCCCUUCGUUUUCUAACUGAGGACACUACAUACAGGUUACAUAAGUUUAAACAAAAUAAAAAAUACUGUAGAAAAUCAGUGUCUCUUAUAAUCAAAAUUCUCUCUGAUCCAAGAUACUCAACAAUUAUGUAAAACACACACACACACACACACACACACACACACACACACACACACACACACGCACACACACACACACACGCACACACACACACACACACACACACUCACACUGGGGUUUUAUCAUUUUGACAGUCUGAUACAGCCUUUCUGCUACCUGCGUUCUUUCCUCGGCAGACGAUCUUGGCCACCAGGAAGCAUCGAUCUACCUCAUUCUUAUCUUGCACAGGAAAGUGUGUGUCGGCAAACGAGUCAUUUCAUUCAUCUUCAUGAUUCUUUUCGUUCUAAUACUUUUAUUCUUAAUUUCCUUUGCCUUCUUCGUAGGCGAUAGCUUUGAUUAGUGCUGAUAAUUUUACAUCCAAAUUUGUCUAAGUGUACUGGUCUUGAACCUGCUUCUCCAUACUCUUCCCCUUGGUGAGGAUAUUUUCUUGUGUCUUUACAGAAGUACCCACGUGACUGUGUGUUGUGUUUUCAAGCCAUGCUCUUACGUCUCUAGUGUGCUGGCAACUUUGCCAGUAAGGGGUCUUGGGGUUUUAGGAAACGAAUUUUAACUUCUGUCAAGCUGAUCAAAUGGUUUUUUCUCUCUCAUGACUUACAAUGAGUCAUCGUAGUAGGUUUGCUAAUAUUAGUAAAGCCCUCUUCCUGUUUCCACAAAAGCCUGAUACAGUCACAGUAUGUUCAUCUUUUAAUAUACAUCUCCUUUCAGAGUUAACAGUGGUUCCUCAUGAUCGGUUGGUCUGUUGGACAUUCUUACUUUGUCUUAUUUGUGCUUUCAGAAUUUUCUAUAAAAGUUGCCUGUUACUUGUGUAAUAAAAUUAAGAGCUUUACAAUGAGAAAAUACUCUUCUUGAUUUGGUGGGUUCCUUUUAUUUUAGAAUUUCAUCAUAUCUUAUUAAUAAGAUGAGUGUGAUUUCUCUGCUGUCUUUGUCAGGUGUUUUAUGUGAAAUUCCUUUAAAAUAUAUCUUGGGACACUUUCUAUAUCUUUUUCUAUGCCCUGGGAUAGUUCAAUAAUAUUCAGAACUCCCUGCUCUUUGAAGUUUUUAUAACAACUAUAAACUGUCCAAGUCUAGUGCCUUUUAAAGAAAUAAUCUUUUGAUAUUUACAAAUUUUCUUUCCAUGUUCAUUGGCUCCUCAGAGUUUCUUCUCAUUCUGUAAGAUUUUUGACAAGUUAAAUUUUCCAAAAUGAUAAUUAUCUUUAAGAUUGUUUUUGGGACCUGUUGACAUGAGGUUGUAUUAUUUUUCCCUUAGUGUUGUGUGUCUAUGCUUUCCAUUUUUAUUCUGAUUAUUUUUCAGUAGUCAAUUUUUAUUCAUCUUUUCAAAGAACCAGCUUUGGAAUUUAUAUGUAAAUUUCCAGUUUUAUCGUUUUAUGAUUGUUGUUUUUUUCUAUUUUUUUCCCUUGGUAUUUUUCCACCUUUUCAAGUUAAAGGCCAUCUUAACUUCCUGUCGGUGGAAGGCACAGUAAUUCAUGUUGCAGGACUGUGACCUUUCCUCUGAAUGUAUCUGUAUCCCAUAAAUGUUUAUGUAUGAUAUGAUUGUUAUAAAUAAUUUAUCAUUUCAGAGUGGAGUCUAUCUUUCACUGAGGAGUUAUUUUAAAUUAUAUUUAGAUUUCCAAUCAUUUUGUAUUUGUUGCUGUUGCUUAUAACAUUUAUUACAAACCUCUGCUUUAUUACCUUGUUGUCAAAGAGGAUAUGGUCAGUACAAUUUGUGUGUUUUGAAGUUUAUUAACAUUUUGUUGAGACCUAAUAAAUUUUUAGUUUUAAUAAGAUCCCCAGGAAGUUGGAGAAAGUAUAUUCUUUGAAAGCAACAAUAUUUGAUCUAUGUGUAUUAAUUUCACCUUACUAAAUGUACUAUUAUGGACUUUAAUUUUUAUUUACUUGAUUCAUUAAAGACUAAGAAAGGCUCA